AUGGAGGUAGUAGGGAAACCAAUUGCGUCUCCGUCCAUUCGUCUCUUAUCCAGUCGACGCCUAAAUCCCGGUCACGAGUUUGCCCUGAAUCCAUUCAUGCCACAGAAUGCUUUGUUCACCGGACUGAAGAAAUUACGUGUUAAACUGGCCGAAGAAGAACCGGUUGGCCGUGAGGUAGCUAACCUUCGAUUUCUCACAAAUGCCGUCGGACAGGCCGGUUUGCUACCUGGUGGUGGACGAGAUAGCAAGCGAGAGGAUAAUUAUCAGAUUUUUAAUAGUGACCCACAGUCACAAUUUUUUCACCUGGAAUCACGCACCGGAAUGCUACGAAUAGCUAGGCGUAUUGAUCGGGAUCAACUGUGUCCCACAUUUCGUUCCUGUUGUCCCAGUCCGCGGCUAGACGAUGCUAUCCCUGCAGCUGCAUUUGACGUGGCUUCGGGACCGCCGGGGUUUGCGGAACUCGUGGGCAUCGGUACAGGGUAUGUGGAUGGUAAAGAUUCGGGAUCGACUAAUACCCAGCUGCCGGAAUGUCGACUUGACUUGAACGUGCGUUCUGACGAUCAGUAUUCAAAAAUUAUUCUCGUGCACGUGCAUAUAGAGGACAUCAAUGAUAAUGCUCCAGUAUGGCCUCAGUUUUCCACACUGUCAGAAGCAUUCGUCAGCAAAGACAACGAUGGCAAUCCGCGUACCAUGCUUGUCAAAUUGUCGGAGAACAGUUUGAUUGAUGAUUCAAUAGCACUCGCUCCAGCUUACGAUGCCGAUUUGGGUACAAACGGGAUUGUGCGGUACACCCUGACCCCGGUUGUACCCGAAUUCACACUGAAAUGGCUUGUGGAUAUGAUGGAAUUCGGAGACCGCUUAGACACUGCGUUUUCGAGCGGGAGUAAUUCGAGAAAUCCAAUAGCUGGAGAGAACACCGAGGACGAAAUGGAUCCAACUACCAAAUCUCAGUCACCGGCGGCUGCAUUUCUUGAGCCACCGGACUACACUACUGGUCAAAGACACGAGUUACGUCUUGUGGUGAAAAAGUCCUUGGAUCGUGAAACCCAAGCGGCCUACGAUUUCACACUGACGGCCUAUGAUGGAGGUUCACCGGCACGGAAUGCAUCUGUUCCCCUCCGGGUGCUAAUCACGGAUGCCAAUGACAAUUCACCAAAAUUCCAGAAGGACACGUAUGUGGUCGAGUUGAGAGAGAAUGCACGACCACAUACACCGGUAAUCCAGAUCAUUCUUACCGUGGAAGCCGUGGAUAGCGGUACUCUUCCACGAGCAUCCACCUGCAUUGUAGAGAUUCUCGUGCGCGACGAGAAUGAUCAUUCGCCGGAAAUUCGGUUCGAACCAGCUCACCUUACGAAUUACGCUCUUGUACCGGAGAAUGAGAAACCCGGACGUCUGGUAGCUGUAUUCACCGCAACGGACCAAGACAGCGGGGAGAACGGUCGUGUGGCUUGUCAACUAACUGAACCACACAAAUGGCGUUUUGACACCGCCGAUCAGAGUCGAGUGGAUGCAAUGUUAUCCAACCCGUUGAACAGUCUGUUUAAAUUGCAACAGAUGCAUGUGCCAUUUUCCGUCAUGUACAAACUGACAACGGCCUCCAUGUUUGAUCGGGAACUGACUGCUCGGAUUCUCGUAUGGAUUGUUUGCUCCGACUUCGGUCAACCGCCGAGAAACACCACAGGUUCGGUUUCUGUGCGAAUCACAGAUGUAAAUGACGAGCGACCGCGAUUCUCACGAUCCAGUUACUAUCACAGUGUACGGGAGGAUACAGCAUUGAGUACUCCGGUGUUUAUGAUCAAUGCAACCGAUGAGGAUGAAGGUGAGAAUGCUCAACUGGCUUAUUGGUUAACCGGCCAGGACGCAGAUUUCUUUCAAGUCAAUGAGAAAAAUGGUCAGGUGAGUGUACGUCGUCUACUGGACCGUGAAUCCCGUGAUCUACUCACAUUCCAAAUUCACUGCACGGACCACGGGUCCCCGGCACUGAACGCAAGUGCGGAGGUAAUUGUGGCUGUUACAGAUGUGAAUGAUAAUGCUCCGGAAAUCCCCGAACAUAUAGAAUUCUCAGUCAUGGAGAACCACACUGCUGCAGUUCCCGUAGGAAAAAUUAUUGUAACUGACAAGGAUUUGGGGAAAAAUGCCGAGGUCAGUUUCUCACUGAUUCAAUGCUUUGCUCAUCUUCCUGCGACCGAGGACUUCCAAUUGAGCAUGUGGUCUGGCCAAGAAUUCCCGUCUAGGACAAAUUUUUCCGCGGUUAAGACAAACGAAAUGUUGUACACGUGA